GCCGGGGAAGGGAAGGGACGGGAAGCGCUGCCGGGCUGCGCCGCGGAGCCGCUCCGAGUUCGGGGUCUCUCCGCGCAACUUGGGUUACGCGGCCGGACCUCUGCGGGGUUUCCAUCCUCUGCCUUUCCAUCUUAUCGCAGCUGCUGCGAGAUAAUUGACUAAACCCAACAGAAAUAAAACAAACUCAGGUCGCCUAAAAGUUAGGAUACCUUUUUUUUCUUUAUUUCUCCCCCCCUCCCUUUCUUUUACAAUUUUAUUCCCUAUGUGGAAGUCGUGUGUGAUUCGUGCUCGGCACACUGCAUGGGAAGAAGCGGCUUGUGCUUUGGAUCGAGGAUUUGCUGUUGCAAAGCGGUCUAACUUCCAUGCAGUGGGGCAGCCUUCACUACUAUAAACGCCUUGAUGAUGUGCUGAGGAGCCCAUGUAGAUUCACAUCUUGUGCAGAGAAGGCGCUGAAGCUCCUCCUGGUGUUCUACACGAAUACUCAUUAGUCAUUCUGGAGAUGGACUUGCUGUCUGGAACCUACCUCUUGGCAGUCUUGUUAGCCUGUAUUGUAUUCCAAUCUGGUGCACAGGAGAAGAAUUACACCGUGCGGGAAGAACUGCCUGAAAAUGUCCUCAUUGGCAAUUUGCUCAAGGAUCUUAACCUAACACUGGACCCAGACGUGCCCCUUUCCUCACCACUGCAGUUCAAACUCGUGUACAAGACUGGGGAUGUGCCACUGGUCAGGGUAGAGGAGAACACUGGGGAGAUUUUCACGGCUGCAAACCGCAUCGACCGGGAGAAGCUCUGUGCCGGCAUCUUCAGCGAGAACCGCUGCUUCUAUGAGGUGGAGGUGGCUGUUUUGCCUGAUGAAGUUUUCAGACUGGUCAAGAUCAGAUUCCUAAUAGAGGAUAUAAAUGACAACGCCCCCCUUUUUCCCUCGACAGUGAUUAACAUCUCUAUCCCUGAAAACACAGCAAUUAAUUCUCGCUAUUCUGUCCCGUCUGCCAUCGAUCCGGACAUCGGUGUCAAUGGGAUUCAGCACUAUGAGCUGCUCAAGCCCAAAACAGCUCCGAAAAGGACAUUUGGAUCCAUUACAAAUGAUCAGGGUCAAAAUGUAUUUGGUCUUGAUAUAACUGAGACACCCGAGGGAGAUAAGUGGCCUCAACUGAUUGUCCAGCAGAUCCUGGAUAGGGAGCAGAAGGAUACCUAUGUGAUGAAAAUAAAAGUGGAAGAUGGUGGAAGCCCCCCAAGGUCCAGCACUGCCAUCCUGCAGGUGACAGUGACCGAUGUGAACGACAACCGCCCGGUGUUCAAGGAGAACGACAUCGAAGUCAGUGUCCCCGAAAAUGCUCCAGUGGGCACCUCUGUUUCUCAGCUCCACGCCACUGAUGCAGACCUGGGCUCAAAUGCCCAAAUCCACUUCUAUUUCAGCAAUCAGAUAUCCAGUCUGGCCAAAAGGCUGUUUGCCAUCGAUAACACCACUGGCCUCAUCACUAUAAGGGAACCACUGGACAGGGAGGAAUCUCCUGUACACAAAUUAACUGUUUUGGCAAGUGAUGGCAGUUCAACUCCAUCAAGAGCAACAGUGACUGUUAAUGUCACAGAUAUUAAUGACAAUGUCCCAUCGAUAGACACGAGAUACAUCAUCAAUCCAGUGAAUGGGACAGUGCUUUUGUCUGAGAAGGCUCCCCUUAAUACAAAAAUAGCAUUGAUAACAGUAAUGGACAAGGAUGCUGAUCAGAACGGAAAAGUUACUUGUUUUACAGAUCAUGAUGUUCCUUUCAGGCUAAAGCCAGUGUUUGAUAAUCAGUUUCUCCUGGAGACAGCCACGUUUCUAGACUAUGAAGCAACAAGGGAAUAUGCCAUUAAAAUAGUGGCUUCAGAUUCAGGGAAACCUCCCUUAAACCAGUCUGCAAUGCUCCUGAUCAAAAUUAAAGAUGAGAAUGACAAUGCCCCAGUUUUUACGCAGCCUAUCAUAGGCCUUUCCAUCCCCGAGAACAAUGCUCCUGGUACUCAGCUGACCAAGAUAAGUGCUACUGAUGCUGACAGUGGGCGGAAUGCUGAGAUCAGCUACAUCCUGGGUUCAGAUGCACCCCCUAUUUUCAACCUUGACCGCCGAACAGGAAUUCUGACAGCAGUGAGAAAGCUGGACAGAGAAAAGCAAGACAGGUACUCUUUCACUGUGCUGGCUAAAGAUAAUGGGAUGCCACCUUUGCAGACCAAUGCUACCGUGACAGUGUCAGUCCUGGACCAGAAUGAUAACAGCCCAGCUUUCACACAUAAUGAAUAUAAUUUCUAUGUGCCAGAAAACCUGCCCAUGUAUGGCACAGUGGGGCUUAUCACAGUUACAGAUGCUGACGCGGGAGAAAAUGCUGCAGUCACUCUCUCUAUCUUAAAUGGUAGAGAUAAUUUCAUUAUAGAUCCACUUACUGGUGUAAUAAGACCUAAUAUUACCUUUGAUAGGGAACAGCAGGGGUCAUAUACUUUCCAGGUGAAAGCUGUGGAUGGAGGAAGACUGCAGCGUUCCUCAACUGCCAAAGUGACCAUCAAUGUUGUUGAUGUAAAUGAUAACAGGCCUGUUUUUGUUAUCCCUUCAUCCAAUUACUCCUAUGAGUUGGUUCCAACAUCAGCCAGCCCGGGGUCUGUAGUUACUAAAGUCUUUGCAGUUGAUAAUGACACGGGAAUGAAUGCGGAGCUCCGCUAUAGCAUCAUAGGUGGGAACUCCAGGGGCUUGUUUACAAUUGACCAAUUAACAGGCAAUAUUACUUUGAAAGAGAAGGUGAUUACAUCAGAUCAUGGCUUGCACAGACUGGUGAUAAAAGUCAAUGACCUGGGGCAGCCCGAGUCUCUUUACACAAUAGCUCUUGUGCAUCUGUUUGUGAACGAGACGGUCACCAACAGCUCCUACGUGCAAGAGUUGGUGCGCAGGAACAUGGAAACUCCCGUGGGCCAGAACAUUGGGGAUGGUGAGAUAACCCCCCAGACCAACGACUAUGUCAAGAUCAUCAUUGCCAUUAUUGCAGGCACCAUGACAGUUAUUCUGGUAAUUUUUGUUACCGCUUUGGUCCGGUGCCGCCAGACGCCCAGGCACAAGGUUGUCCAGAAAAACAAGCAGAGUGGUGAAUGGGUUUCCCCAAACCAAGAGAACAGGCAGAUCAAGAAAAAGAAGAAGAAGAAGAAGCGCUCCCCAAAGAGUCUUCUCCUCAACUUUGUGACUAUUGAAGAAUCUAAGCCUGAUGAUCCUGGCCACGAGCACAUAAAUGGCACUUUAGACAUUCCCGUAGAGCUAGAAGAACAGACUAUGGGAAAAUAUAACUGGGCCACCACACCAACCACAUUUAAGCCUGAUAGCCCAGAUUUAGCAAAGCAUUACAAGUCUGCUUCUCCACAGCCUACCUUUCAAAUUAAACCCGAGACUCCUGUACCCCCCAAGAAGCACCAUGUCAUUCAGGAAUUGCCUCUAGAUAACACCUUUGUGGUGGGCUGUGACUCGCUUUCCAAGUGCUCAUCAAGCAGCUCGGACCCUUACAGUGUUUCUGAAUGCAGCUGUCAAGGAGGCUUCAAGACCCCAGGCCCCAUACACACCAGACAGCACACAAAAGAAGUGGGAAGGCCACAGACUCCUUUGAAAGAAACAACCUUGGAGCCUUGGACUCAGCCACAGCCUCAGCGCCGUGUCACGUUUCACCUCCCAGAUGGCUCCCAGGAAAGCUGCAGUGACAGUGGCCUUGGAGACCACGAACCCACCAGUGGGGCCAGCACAUCCCACCCUCUGCCCCUCGGCUUCCCCCAGGAGGAGUACUAUGAGCAGGCUUCCCCCAACAGCCGGACGGAGGGAGACGGCAACUCGGACCCCGAGUCCACUAUAGAAGUGAAUCUCCAGAAAGCUCUGGCUGAAGCCUCUGAAAACUGCACGCAGGAGUGUCUGAUCCUCGGCCAUUCCGACAACUGCUGGAUGCCUCCGGCUCUGACGCAGUUCCAGCAGCCCAACACCUCCCUGCCAUCGUUUGGCUUCCAGCAAGGCUGGGGCCGGGGGGCCAGGCCCGAGGGACGGCACACUCUGGGCAGGCCCCUUCCCAAGGAUGACAGUGACAAAGGCCAGGGGGGGCCCAGGCCCCAGUUCUACAACACCUGCGAGAGACAUUGCGCCAGCGAAGAUCCCGUCAAAGUCAUUCCUCUGGCAAACUUCGCCGCCUCCCACCAGGCUCCGGGCUCCGGGAGCGGCGCCGCGUUCGUCCACGAGCACCAGCUGUAAAGGCAUAUCUGACAAAUCCCUCAUUCCAGGCUUUAAGGGACUGUGUAUAGUCACAGCCUAACGCUCCGCUUCGGGCGCGUACACACUUGUUAGGCUUGUGAAUAUUUGUGUAUAUAGGAUCCUAAAUUUGAAACUGAUCAUCUAAAUCCUUAAGGACUUAGUUAAAAGGUGUUUACCGCAGUUCUUGGUAAUAUCCACAAAAUGGGGAAGAGAACCCACAACCCAGAAACAAGUGAAAGACAAACAAAAUCCUGUUCAUUUUCUUACAUGGGCCAUAUAGUAAAAAUAUCUGCCAGAAGUUCUUCCUCCCUUUGAAAGCAAUUUCUUAGUACAGUUUGGGGAAUAUUACAGUCUAAAAAUAGCUUACUCAAAUUUUUCUUUGUUGUUAUGAUUUAUAGCAUAUUCAUAGAUUUCAUCUUCCGUUUGCUUAGCAUUAGAGAUCAAGUGAGCAAUUUCUCAUUUGAUUACUUGACAUAAUAGAAUUAAUAAAUCCUAAAAUCUAAUUCUUAAGAAGGAUUGUAUAUCUUACCAUUUAUCCUUUAUGUAAUUAAGAAGGAAAAUGUACUUAAAGACACGACAACUGAUUUUUAUUUUAAUUUUUAUUGGCUCAAUAUACAGGUAUUUAUUCUUUGAAAGAAUGUUAUAGAUGAAAUAGAAAGUUCUUAACUGGCUUUUCUGUGUGAAAUAAGCAACAUGACAGUGAUAGGACAUGCCAGAACAAAACUGGAAAAAAAUUAUAAGUAACUUUGAAUUUCCAAAUAUUUCUACAAUAAUUCAAGGAACAAUAUUAUACAUACUAUGUUUUCAAGCCAUAAGUUUAUUUCUCUUUUUUUUCUUUAAUUGUUUUUUCUCAUCUUGCAGAGCUUGCUUUGGCUACUGUUCCUGUUAGUUGAAAAUUACAUGGGCACUGCUGAAAACAGUAGGAAAGUGGGGUAGUUUUUUUGGCUGAUGUGCUGUCGUGACUGCAAGAUACCAGUGUUUAAAAAAGUGUUAUAGUGAUAUGUACGGCUUUUUUUUUUACAGCUAUAUUCACCUAUUGUAAGUAUUCAGUAAAAGUUUAACUAUAAAUUAGUUACUUCACCACAAACCUAUUAGAUUAAGAAGUACUUGUCAUUGUGGAUUAGUUAUUAGAGAAUGACUGAUAGUGCUCAGCAAAGAAAGAAGAAUCUAGGUAAUGAAAGCUGGAUAAAUAUAAACACACCCCAGUCUUAUUGUUUGAUAAAGUCUCAAGGUGAUUCUCUUUAUAGAUGAGUGAUUUUUUUCAGUGUUCUCUGUACUGGAAAAUACAUUCUAUUGGUAAAUUCCACAGUGGAUGAAAAAGAGAUUCCUUUCUUAGAUGAAAAAAUAUAUUUUUCCUCUAGCAUUUCCUUCUAAUAUUUCUUUGCUGUUUAGCCAUUUCUUAAUUUACAGUAUGUACAUACCAAGGAAUUUUUUCUUUAAUAAAAUGCAUAAUUUCUUAGUUUUAUUGCUACAUUAAGUGAGACAAUCGAAGUUGUAUGGAGGGGGAAAAAAAGACAGUGUGUGAAUAUUUCCUAUGGAUAGAAUUCUAUGUAGGCUUCAUAAUGUAACUUAAAUCUGUAAUUUAUAAACAAAACUGUGUGUAAAAAUGCUGUAAUAUUAGCUGCUUGUAAAAUUUACAGAAGUUCAAGUUGUUGAGGGUUUCCAAUGAAUGCUAAAAGAGCUUCUCUUAUGUGCCCAGCAGGUAUAAGUAGCUUUAUAUAUUGCUGUCCCCACUGUAAAUCUAUUCAAAUCACUUUUAGAAUUUAUGUGCAAAAUAAUAAUAAUAAAAAAAAGCUUCACUUUUAACCUAUUGAUAGGGUUUAAUUAAUGGACAUCAGAUUAUCUAAUGAUGUACUUCUUUUGCUUUCCUUUUUUUUAAUGUAGUUUUCAAUAAUGUUUAGAAAAGAUGUGGCACACUGGCUUCCAGUUGCAUGUAAGUCCUGGGAAAAAAUAACAAUCCUUUGGGUACUGACACACAGUAGCUGACACAUCUCAUUUCCAGUUCCAGGACAAUGAAAAAUUUGACAAAUUAAUUCAUACCUAAUACAUACAAAACCCUUUGUUGUUUGCUUUGGACACAUCAGAAUGAGAAAAUUCGGCAGUUCUUUUCAGGGAUAUGCAAAAAAAAGCAGCUUAUCUUUAGUUUACACAGAUUUACCAAACAUACUAAUUGUGCAAAUUUAGAAUAAUGCUGACAGCUAAUGCUUCCUAUUGUACACAGAGGUCUUCAGUUUUUAUUACAGAAGGCUGCCAUACCAAAUGCUUACAGAAUUGGCAGCUCCACUGGAAAACUCUCCUUUUUUUUUUGCCUGCAACAGUUCCUUUUUGGAUGAAAAUUGUAACUGAAAUUUUCUGGCAAAGAAUUUCUACCAUGUUAGGAUUUUCAUAGGAAAUAGUGAAGGAACCAGAAUUAGUGUUUUUUUCAUUGGUAGGGAAAAGCCAAACAACAAACCUCACUUAAUUUAAGUGUGUUUAGGGGUUAUUUUGUUUUUUUCCCUAAGAUACAGAAGCAAUUAAGCAAUCCCCUUCUCUUGAAAACAAACAAACAAAACCCCAACAAAACACCCAAACCAAACAACAACAAAAUAUCGCUUAAACAAAAGGCAUUGUAAAGAUUAAUCUGAUUAUAUGAAGUAUUAAAUGCUAUGUCCAUGAAAAUAUGUUCUGAUAUUCUAGAAUUCAGUCAGCAAGGUACAGAACAAUUAAUUGUAAAUACACAUUGUUUAAGAAGAUAAAAUGUUCCCUCAUUUUUAUAUAUUACAUAUCUAAUAUAUAAAACUACACAUUUGAGGCAACAUUUUUCUGAGUAGCAUGUCAGUAUCCAGAGGAAUAAUGUUACUAGAGACUUGUUACACAUCUUGCCAUAUAUAUAAAUAAUUUAUCUAGUACAUAGACUGUAUAUUUUUGUGUAAUUUUUUUUUAGUCAUUUAACUUAUUUUAUCUUACUUGUGUGAAUUUGUGGAGAAAACAAUCCUAUAUACAAUAUACAGUAAAAUGGUAGUUACAUGAUUAGAUUUGUUUCAUACAGUGUAACAAUAAAGGAAAACCUUUGCCUUCAAAGUGAUGUGUCAAACAGUCUAGUCUAGAUAAUUUCCCCUCUCCAAACUCAAUACUUGUUGCACUUCCAACUAUUGCAUCAAAGUUAUGGGUAGUAAUGGCAGAAAGGAAGGUUCUUAUUUCCAUAUUGUAAAGCACUCAAUUCUUUAAAAAAAACAACAAACAGUUAAAAGAAAGAACUGAGUCAAAGUGUUUGAAGUAAAAUAUGCUGUUUCUUUGUUUUUCUAAACUGUGCUGUAUUCUGAAGUGUAACUUAAUUCUAAAGAAAGAAUAAUUAGGCAUGUCUGCUCCGCCAGACAGAGACCACUGAGCACCUGCUCUCUCUGGGCUGCGAGCUGGCCGGAUGCAGGUCAUUUAGCUAAUUAUCAUGGCAAUGAGCCCAUGCUAAUAGGGCCUGAGGGUUUAUGAAUGUUAGCACAAAGGCUGGCCUGAUCUAACAUUAGUUAUGUGGUCCCGAGCCCAGCCAGGUCCGGAGGAGAGCAGCCUCUUUGCAUCUCUGAGAUCUGCUUGGGUGUUUGUGUAAGAGAAGGGAAGGUUUGCCCCGUUGUGUUCUGAGCGAGCUGUAAUCCCGUGUGGAACCCCGUCAGCCCCCAGCUCCAUCACCUCCUUCCAGCACGAUCGAGCCAAAGACAGACCUAAACAGUUUCUAUCAGGAAUGGUCGAUUAGCUCAAGGUUGUUUGAGUCUUAUAAAGUCUGAGGCUUUAAAGUUUGAAAACUUACACUUAACUUUGAUUCCUCAUGUUUUCCUUUUGCAAGUUUAAUACCAAUCCUUAAUCAAUGAUGAGCAAUUAAACAAUCACACUGCAGUUAACUACCCUUAUUUAACUGGAUAAAUAAAAAGGAAGGAAUUGGUUUGUGCUGACACAAAGUAAAAUUGAAGGCAAAGAUUUUAUUUGGUAUACAUAGGAAAAUUGUGUAUAACUUAUGUUAUCCCUAGUGAAGAAAGAGAUUGAUGAUUUCUUGUAAAUAUUUGAGUUUGUAUUUCUGGGAAAUCUCCCUGCUCUAUGGCAUACUACAGGAUCUGAGAGUGAGCAGUGUAUGUCUGUGUAUUGAAACAGCCCUAACCACACUCUACAAAUCAUGCAGCUGGACACCAUAUACUACAGUCCAGGAGCAUUUGAAGUCCAGUAAAUUUGCAGUAGUUCUAUUUCAGGUUUCUGUACAGCAUGUUGUCCUGUUAAUUACAAUGCUUAUUAAUAAACUAGAUCCACAAAAGCA